AUGUAUGACGAUAGACUUUCGUGUGCGCAAAUUGUUCAAAAAUUGGAGUUCAGGCCGCUCUCAUUCUUCUCUCUGAUUUUAGGUUAGAAAACACUUUGUGAAAGAAAGAUUAUAUGAUGGAAGAUCUAAUAGAAGUAACAGAGAAUUAUUUACCAGAAGAUGAUUUACACGUAGCUUCAAAAGAUUGGAAACGUGUUAUGGAUGCUGCCACUAAGAACGGUUAUAGAGAAGGUAUACAAGAUGGAGAAGAUUCUGUGCUACAGGAAGCAUUUGACAUAGGUUUCAAAGAUGGUUUUGAAACAGCAUUCGUAUUAGGAAGAUACAAAGCUUUGGCUACUAUAUUGUCAAACUCUGCUUUGAAACAUCCCCCGGAUAUAAUUUCUCUUCUCGACAAAACUCGACGAGGCGAAUGUUGGAUAUGUAGCAUAGAAUCACAAAAUAAUAUGUCUGUUAGAUACAAGGACACUUCAUUUCCUGAAAUUUUAUGCAAACAAAGAGCACAUUGUCUUGAAGUGACAAAUAGACUACAUGAAUAUUUCAAAUCACUUUUAAGAGAGUCUAAAAUCGAGAUUUAACUCCUUAUAAGCAUAUUUUAGUA